AUGAAAAUGGACAUGACUACAUCGACGGGCAGUUCAAUGCCCAUGUCAACUUCUAGCUCCAGCGCUAUGGAUAUGGAGCAAAUGAACAUGGUCUUCUUCACUUCCACGACAACACUCCUCUGGACAAAGUCUUUCGCACCAGAAACAACAGGACAAUAUGCAGGCGUUUGCAUUUUCCUCAUUGCCUUUGCCACUAUUUUACGCAUGUUGCUUGCGUUACGCGUCAACUUUUACAGUAUCAGGGAUGGUCUCAGACGGAGGCGAACGAAAGGUCUACGGGUGGAGUCGCGAGGUAGUGAGACAAGCAAUCGACCUUGGAGAGCGAAUGAGGCUAUGAUGCUGGGAGCGAUAGAUGUUUUGAUCGCGGGCGUGAGCUAUUUGCUUCACAUCACACCAAUCUCCCUUCUCUCAUCAGCUCAUCUCCAGCAUCUCAUCCCUCUCAAGAUGAGCAACGCCACUGCUGAUCCCGUCGGAAGCACCUCCUGGAUUGGAGCUGACGCCUACGAUCCAGGCGACGAGCUCCACGGUCGAGCCCUAGCAGUCCUCGACAAGCUCAACUGGGAUCAUCUCUUAUCCCUUUCUUCAGCGCUCAACAAUGGAGUCCCUUGCACCUUCAGCCAGAAGUUUUCCAUCGGCCACUUUAACAUGGUACGCCGCAUUGACUUCACCGACGGUACCAGCUGGGUUGCCAGGGUGAGACUCCUAGAGUUCCGCACCGUGUUCGGCGACCGCGAAGUCCCCGAUGUGGCCAGCGCUCUCAAGGUGGAAGUCUCGAGCAUGAAGUUCUUCAAGACCAAGACCUCUAUUCCCGUCCCUGUAGUCCAUUCCUACAGCGUUGAUACAGACACCGAGGUUGGCGCUCCAUACGUUCUCAUGGAUUACAUUCACGGAACAGUCGCCACGGAAUUGCGAGAUGCGAAUGAAUAUGAAGCUGGACUCUUCGGCACGCCAGACCAAGAUCGGGCUUUCAGAAACCAAAUGGCUGAGAUUCAAGCAACCUUAUCUUCCUUCAAGUUCAGUCAGAUCAGGAGCCUCUAUCAGGAUAAAGAAACGUCCGACUUCUUCAUCGGCCCAGAGACAGAGACUGGCAAGGGACCUUGGAGCUCAUCAUUGGAGUAUUAUGAAGAUAUCUCAAACCACGCUCUUCAGGUCUGCGUGCAGCACGCAUCUCCUGAUGUCAAUACAGCGUCUUCAUUCGCAAACCCGAUCCUCUUCAGACACCUCAUGUCCCUAUAUCGUCAACAAAAUCCCUGCAAAGAAUCCUUCAGCCUUGUCAAUCGCGACUUCGGAGCCCACAACCUCCUGGUCAAUGAAGAAUUCCAGAUUGUCGGCGUCAUCGACUUUGAUGGCGUGAUGGCGGCCCCCAUCGAAGUCGUCGCCCAGUAUCCAGUCUUGACGGGGCUGAGCCGAGAGCCCCCGGGGUGUGUCGAGACGAGACCCGCUGCGAUCGAGCGCAUCGAGAGGACGAAGCCGAAGCUCAUGGAAUACAAGGAGAUGCUGGCGGCUGCGGAACGCAAACUCAGGAAGGACGACGAGGGAGCCACGCCGAUUGCGGACCUGUUGCUGUCAGAUGCUGCGAGUGUGUUUCAAGGCCUGGUGAGAUACCAGGUUCACCAGGUUUUUGUCAACGAUCAGUGGAUGGAAGCUUACCUGAAGCUCAUCCGAGACCAUUUUCAGAAAGAUGGCUCUGUAGCUGAAUGA